AUGUCUUCCCUGCCUGAAGAACCGAAUCCCCUCCGCCCAUACUACAUUCCGCCGUCGAUUGGACUACCCAACACGGACUCCGCCGCCCAUUUUACGGCCAACCGCCCGCCAUCUGCUGUCUCGGGCAAUAUAACAAGCAUCGGAAACUCCGCUCGGGAGAUUUUCUCUGACUUUGAUUACUCUGAUUAUUUGGGAGAGUCGUCUCCGUCGGCGGCGGAAUCCGUGAAGCAGAUCCUAGAGAACUCACUGUGGAGAUAUUCACGAAUUCUGUUGUCGCAACCGUUCGAAGUUGCAAAGACGACCUUGCAAGUCUUUGUCGCUCAAGAUGCAGAGGAGGAAGCUAGACUACUGAAUGAGCGGCGAGCACAGCGCGAAGGGUAUCGGGAUGCCGCUUAUACGGAGUCCUCAUUUUCGUCGGAUGAUGAAGACAGCUAUUUUACCUCUUCAGCUCCAGACGCUACAUCCCCAUCGCGAACGCGGCGUCCGCCCCCUCGCAUAACUGAUCGUGCUGGUUACAUCCCUCAAUCCUCCAGACCUCCAUACAUGCUUAAAAUCAAAGAUCCUUCUGCCGUCUUCGAUGUCCUUGCACAGCUUUGGACAACGAAUGGUCCCACAUCCAUCUGGAAAGGCUCCACUGCAACAUUCGUAUAUUCACUGUUGCUCCCAACCCUGAACACCUUCAUUCGAGGCCUACUUUCAGCCAUUGUUGGCUAUCCGGACGAUAGCUUCUCAACUAUUCUCGAAUCUGAUAUUCUAACCUCUUCCUCUCCUGCUGUGGCUUUGACUUUGUCUUGCGUUUCUUCUGCACUCGCUUCGGUCAUACUCUCGCCCGUUGAUACCGCGAGAACCUACCUCAUUGUAUCACCUUUAGGACACGGCCCGACUUCGCUGUUCAGUGCCAUUCGCGCUCUGCCAGCCCCGAAUUACUUAAUUCCACCUCACCUACUCCCUAUUACACUUAUCACCUCCACUCUUCCUACUUUGCUCUUUGACAGCACACCUUUAUUUCUGAAAUCCUAUCUCUCACUGGACCCGGUUCUCAACCCGUCAAGUUGGAGUAUUUUCACCCUCAUGGCUUCUGCACUGGAAUUAGGUAUUCGAAUACCACUGGAGACCGUCCUAAGGCGGGCCCAAAUAGCGACUUUCACGUCCCCCGCUUUAAGACAGCAGAGUAUCACUCGUGCACCUUCUCCCAAGCUUCCCACACAGUUUGCUGGCUCAGAAACGAUACAUACAACUGUUCCUACCCCCCAAACGUAUCGUGGCAUCGUCGGUACAAUGUGGAGCGUUAUUUAUGAAGAAGGAACAGACAAUAGUCACGCAGCCCAGACCAUUGAAAAAAUAUUAUCGCAAACAACCCCGCAGGGAGAUGAUAACCCCCCUGGCAGGCUACGUAGGCGCCGUAAAGGCCAAGGUAUUCGGGGUCUUUACCGCAGUUGGCGUUUUGAAAUGUGGGGCAUUGUUGGAAUUUGGGGUUCUGCGUUUCUCGGUGCUCUUCUAGGUGCUGGAGAUGAUGAAACCCUUAUGGAAUCAAGCGCUGCUUUGGGCAUGGGCGCCGGUAGUAGGGGAAACUCAGGAGCCUUUUAG